UUGGUGGAUUCAGGUACGCUACCCCCGCCGCCGCCGCCGCCGCCGCCUCCACCUGUCUCAAAGGAGGUGGAAUGUGCUUGGGAUUUCGUGUCUGCGGAGACUCACCUGGGAAAUAUAUUACGUCAGUGCGUUGGUGUGCGUUCGAAGGAAGGAGGGAGAAAGGGAAAAAGAGAGGAAGAGAGAGCAGGGGAAAGAAAUAAAUCCCACGCGCUUUUAUUUCUGUGAUGAUUGUGUAAGAUAAAUGAUAAUCAAUAAUUGUUUGGUGUGAAUCUUGUGAGCGGACGCGUAUUCGAGUGCGUCCAUUUCCCCUGUCUCGUUGUUGUUCGUAUAUUUAAUGCAUAAUUCAUGAAGAGUCAGUGAAAUCCCGAUAAAAGAGCGAUUUUGGAAAGGAAAAAGAGAGAGAAAAGGAAAAAAAUGUUGAUGUGACGUCUCUGCCAUCCUGAACCCCGGGAUAAUCACACCGCAUACUUUCCGAACGGGAUAUACGCACACGCACGCACGCACAAAACCCCCUCGUGUUUGGACAGAUCUCGAGUGUUUGUUUGUUUGUUUUUUCACCGGAUUAAAACACAAACGGGAGCGACGACCAUGUGCGCGCUGGAGUCGGCGUCAUGAGGCUGAAGUUCAACCAGCCCAACACGAGCCACAACCGGCAGGAAACCACCCUAGUCCACCCAGUCACCCAGAAGUCGGCCGUUCACGCUGAGGCCAUCCACUCCCCCCCGGCCUCCACCCUCAGAUUCGAGGCGACCUCCUCAGCCCCCAACACCAACACACUCUCGAGCAGCGACACGAAAAGGGGGGGUGGAGGACGCCGGUCAGGAGGCUCGUGGGUAAAGAGCCCAGGAGUGCGGCGCCCCGAGGUAUCCCAGGUGACGCUGCAGGGAUGGCUGUACAAGCAGGGCGCCGACGGCCUGCACCUCUGGAAGAAGAGGUGGUUCGUCCUCUCCGAGUACUGCCUGUACUAUUACAAAGGUCCGGACGAGGAUAAGGUCCUGGGGUCGCUGCCUCUGCCCUCGUUCAAGAUCAGCCCCGUGGACUCCGAGGACCGCGUGUACCGCAAGCAUGCGUUCAAGGCCGAGCACCAGAACAUGCGCACCUACUACUUCGCGGCGGAAACCAAGGACCAGAUGGCUCAGUGGAUGAACGCCCUGUCGCUGGCCUCCAUCCUGCAGAAGGACACCAGCCUGGAGGAAAAGUGGAGCAGCGGAAGCAGCGCGCGCCGGAGUGAGCGCCCUUCGGUCUCGUCCUUGGCGUCGACGGCCUCGCCCUCAGCCGACGAGAGCGACUCCGGCUUCCACGGCUACAGGUCGAGGAGGUACCGGUCCCCAGACGGCCGGUCUCUGGACGAGGCAAGCGAAUCAUCCCGACUCCAGGGCGACCGCCUGAACACUUCGUGCGACUCGUCCUUGAUCCUGCGGCCCGGCGAACGGCAGCCCCUGUACGCCAACGCCCCGCCCAAGCCCAAGCGGCUGAACUCCUCCAGGGACUACAGCACCUCCCCGGAGCGGUCUCCCGAGCGGGACGAGAGAGACCCGCGGAUCUACACGGACCAUGGUGGCGGCAACGGCGCCGCGGACUCGCGCUCGCCCGACGCCCGAGGACUACACUUCCAUCCUCCCUCCGCCGAGCGCAGAACUCCCGACGCGUACGGAGUGACGUCGGGCGGCGCGCGCGGGGAUUACGAGGACGUGUAUGGCGACAGCAAUGGCUCCAGCUCCCUAGCGCAGAGUCCCAUCCGGAAGCCCGAGCAGCGAGACUCGUUCGCCUCGUCCAGGAGCGGCGGGACGAGACUCUCCGAGGAGCUGCAGCUAGCCGACCCCAUGAGGCCCACCUUCCGUGGCCAGGAGGACACGCUCCCCCGUGUCUCGCACCCGGACCCGCACCAUCGCCACCGGCCGCAGGGGCCGCCACGCCCGCACAGCGCCGACUUCCUGGAGUACGACAGGCGGCACGGCAGCAACGACAUGUGGUCCUAUCGACGCGGCAGCGGCGGCGACCUCCCGAGACCCAACGAGAUUCGGCCCAAGUCGUCCGUGGGUCAGAGCGACCUGGAUCACUGGUCGGAGGAAAAUUACGCUCAAAAGAUGCGGCAGUCGUCGUUGUACCACACACACAUGCACAGCAGACCCACGUCGAGAUUCUCGGCAGCGGGGAAGGGUGAGAGCCCUGUCAGUGACCACCACCAUUUGCACAGCCCCCACGGCGUCCCUCAACGUGUGCCACCUGCUGGGGCCGCCACGCCCGAUCUCUACACGCCACACAAACCCUCGAACAUGGCGCCGGGUACCACGAACAGCCUGCGACACGGCAUGGUUGGGGACAGCAGGCCAGCCUCGAGACAAGACCUGAGUCAGGAUCCCCGGGCCGAUGUAAGGCCCGACCUGAGACAAGACCCGAGGCAUGACCUCAGGCCAGACCCAAGGCUCGACUCCAGACCAGUGCACAUGCGAUCGGAGCCGAGGCAAGAUCCGCGUCAAGGGAUGGCACCCGAAGUGCACAGACAACACAAUCAUGAGGAUCCUCACAACAGGUCGGACACAUCGCCCAACACGACGCUCAACAGUGUGCCUACCCCCCCGGGCAGCUAUCAGAACAGUGCCUCUCCCAGUGGCAGCGCCAACAACAGCUUUAUGAGGUCGGCGUCUGCGAGGUUGCCACGGCACAAGUUGCAGGAUGAUAUGAUGAACACCUCAUUGCCUGACGAUGGGUCGGAUGGAGACACCAAAAAGAUGCAACAGAGAGAGGAAUCUAUGAAAAGGCUGCUGGAGUGGAAACAGCGAAUGUUGCAAUCACCCUUAACACGGAAGACCUCCCCUCGCCAAGAUGCAACUGCAACGCCACAACCUCGAACAAACAGCGAAGCUUAUAGGCAACAAGUCCUAAACGAGCUUGCAACUCAGGAAGCCAGAUCAAAAAGUGUCCAAAGUCACGGGCAUGGCCAGAGCCAGUCCCCUGGGAGGCCCCUAGGACAAGUGCCGCCCUCUGGGCCUGUGCCAGGAAAGCCCCACGGCUUCUCGCCGAAUGGAUCAGCUGGACUGCACCACGGGGCAGGAAGUCAGCCAGGUCAGGUAUCUAGUGACUGUUCUGUACCCCAGGAGUACAUGAGUGCCAGUCCAAUGAGUCAGGGCCAUGUGAAUCAGAGUCCCAUGUGUGUAUCUGGUCGAGGACCCGGGGAGAGGCCGGCCCCUCAGGGGAGCUCCUCCCACCAGAGCUCCGACAGUGGGAGCAGUAGGAGGAGGGAAGGCCGGAGGGAGAAUUCCAGGACCAGGCAUGUCAGUGGAGGAGACUCGAGAAGGUCUGCCUCCGCCUCGAGAUAUAACAGCUACUCAUCGGAUGAAGAAGAUCUGCUGGAGGAGCGUGAGACUCGAAAAAGGACUCGACGCAACUCGAGGAGAAGCAGUGCCGAGUUGAGUCGCGACGGACGAAGGGCAGGCACCACGCCGGAAGGCAGAUAUCCAGCCUGGCCGGAAAAACGCAGUCCCGAGGAUAUGGACGUUUCCAGGGAUUUCCGGGAUGAAAAUAGGAAUGAGCUUAUGAGUGAUAGUUUUGUGCAGCAGCCAAUGCAUGCGACGCCUACUUCGUCGCCUGAUUAUGUGAAUAUAAAUGUAGUGAGUGAAUCGUGUGAUCCUAAAUAUUCAAAUAAAUUCAGAGGUAAAAGUAAUGCCUCAGAUGUAGAAAAUAUUUGCAGUGAGAGAACAGUGAGCCAACGUGCUGAACCUGUGUUCAUUGAACAGCAUGAAGGCUAUGAUGAAGUGAGAAGGUUUGAGCCACAGCAUCUAGAAAAUGAACAAAAUCCCAAUGCAUCUAGGAAUUUUGAACAGAGUUAUGUUUACAGUGACCGCUUUUAUGCUACAAGAGAUCCCUAUUAUGUAUCUGAUGUUCAAAUGCCAGCAAUAAAUGAUCAUAGAUUUGACGAUGACAAGAAUACCAGUGCCCCUGUGAAUAACAUUUCACAAAGAGAUCUGAACACUUCAUAUGAUUCCAAGACUUCGUCACAAAAUAAGUACCAACAGGUGAACAAUAUUUCCUUUGAAAAUGAGCAAAGGAGGCCCUCUGUGGACAUGAACAAGAAUUCGCACCACAGUCUGCAUGGAAGGGAUGGCAAAGACUUCCAGAGCUAUGAUAGUACAACAGGUUAUCCCUCUUAUGACUCCCACAUUGCUCACAAAGGCGAUAGUUUGAACUCCCACAUUUCUCAAAGAGGCACAGGCUUUCAAGAUGAUACCACUUCCACUGGCAAAUAUUCAGACAGUGGUUAUGAUACUUUGCGUGCAGAAAUGCCCCUCCGACGCGAAGAGAACAGAAAUCCUCAUGGUGGAUCCCUGUGGAAAGCAGAUAGUUUAGAGAGUAGCCCUGAGUGUUCGAGUGUUGUAAGAAGAAGGGGGUAUGAUCGUGCUGGUAGAAGGCCGGAAACAUGGAGCCCUGAAAAGUUUGACAGGUCUUGGGUGGGAAGGCCGAUGGGCCCAGAUCUGAAAUCCAAAGUGGACGAAUCCAAGGUCGUGAAGGAAUACAGUUAUGAAUACAUUACUCCUGAUAAGAACUGUGAAUCGUCACCCCAGGAGAAUUUUAGAAAUAUGUCCAAUUCCCUGAAAAAGUCAACCCCAGUUUUACCAUGUUUAGAAAGUCCAAAAAUGGUACAAGAAACUCAUCAACAGACUCAGAGUCAGAUGAAUUUGGUGCAAGAUAGGAUAAAGAAAUUUACUAGCAACAUUGAUGCCAAAGAAAAUCAUAUCAAUCAUAGUGAGGAAUCACGCAUUAAACCCUUAAAACAUAGCGAAUCAAAGUCACAAAUAGAUAAUCAAAUGAAUAACUCAGGCUUACAUGAGCAGCCUUCAAGAAACCUAAGAGAACCCCUGAAGGAACCCUUGAAACCUGUGUCUCAAGUCAGAAGUUCAGAAGCUCUUGUAUCACCCCUGAAAGCUGAGUUCGCCACCUCGGAAUCCACUAUGGUGACAGCUCAAGAGGCGCAAGUCAAGAACAUAUCUGAUUAUAAGAGGAGAGAUGAGGUUAUUGGUGCUGCUACCAUGGAAGAAGGAGUGGCAAAUCUAAGGUAUGUCUCGAGUCCAGAGCCUUCAAGUUUAGAGUACAGAGAACUGAGAAGCCCUCAGGAUAUCAUGGAUUCAAGGCUUAGCAGAACCAACAUCAGAAAGUUUUUGUUUGAUGACGAUUCUAAGCCUGAGGCUAACAAACAGCAUGAAAAACCAUUAAAUCCUGUUAAGCCUCCUUUGAUGAAGAAACCAGCACAGCCUAGAUCUGUGAAGGCUCUCCUGAAGAAUUUUGAAGAGAGGAGCAUAGAACACAUGGAGAGGGUCAGUAUGAGUCAAGAUGUAUCAAGGAAGAAGUUCCACAGUGACUCAGAAAUGCUGUCCAACGAGAGCUCAAGCGAUGAGGGCCCUUGUGAUGACCAGUACAAUGCAUUGCCAGAGAAGACACCAGUGUCACCUACCACAUCUGUUCUUGCAGAUCUGAGGAAGUCGGCAGAUGACAAGAAGGAGGAGAUUGCUCCCAUUGUUCCUCCUCCAAGGCCACCAAAGAAGCCAACAUUAGGAGGAGAUAUGGACGUAGUUAUGGCCCCAGCCUAUCUGAGACUAAGUUUAGCAGAAUCUAUUCAAGAAUCCUUGAAGGUGCAGGAGGACAGUGACAGUGGAGGGGAAGAGGCAAGUUGGAUGGACACCACAUUGAACAGUGAGCAAAGUAGAUUGCUUUAUCCUCCCUCUGAGCAUGACACGUCUAUUGUAAUAGACCUGGAUAAGCCACCAGAGGAAGAUGCUCCACCACCUCCUAUUUGCCCAACAAGUGGAAUUCAGAGCCCUCUACCUCGACCAAAUCCUUAUAUAGAGGAGAACUACUUACCAAUGAGCCCACCUAAAAAGCCAAGCCAUGGAUCAGGUAUUCUUGCUCCAGCAAGUUCUUGCAGUAGUCUGAGCAGUAAGCAUUUGCCUACUCCAGAGCCUGUAUACCCUGAUGCCUUUGCAAAAACGGAAUAUGAGGAACACACUUAUAUCGAGAUGAGUGGAGAUACAGCAUCCAAUAACACCCCAAGUAAUGCAAGCCUUCCUCCUCGACUUGAUCUCAGUAAAUUGGCUGGUGAGCAAACAUUUACUCCAGAGAGUCCUAGGUAUUACGAAAUUGGGGAUAAAGAUGAGCCCCAGCAUUAUGAGUACAUAUACAAGGGACAGUCUCAUUAUGAAGCUAUCUAUAUGGAAGUUCCAAACUCUGAAAAGGACGAAAAUCUAGUUGACGAAAAACCCCAGAUUCCAGAGAAACCAGAUGAACUAAAACUACAGCCUAAUUCUGAGAGGAAAUAUCCAUCAGACACUGCUCUUAAUUCCUCUCUUAGUAAGAUUGACACAAAGCCUCAGUCAAAUGUCUCUUCUGAUGCAGAUGAUGAAGCUUCCAAGGACCUUGAUAGUCUGGAACCCCCACGCAAUCCUCGCUUCAGCCUAUCGGACACUUUCCGUCCAGCUUCAUACUACUUAAGUGGAGCUGAACCGUCAAGUGAUCCUGAUGCCCAAGAUUCCUCAGAUUCUGACCUUGUUCCUCCUCCACCCAUACCUCUUAGUCCACCACCUAUGGACGAACUGGAAACUGGAGGACCAAAGGCAAAGAAUUUUGAUUUUGAGAAUCUAGAAACCCCUGAUCCACCUCCACAUCUCCGAAAUGCCCUGACCUCUUCAAGAUCACUCAGGGUCAGUCAGAGCAGCCUCAGAGAAGAUCUAAAUACUUCGAGAUCAUCUAUUGGCAAGGAAAAAAGGAUGUUUGAAAAGUCAGAAUCUUCCUCCAGUCUUCACUCUGAUAAACUGAAGAGAAGGCCAGUAUUUGAAGAGACUCUAGAGAGUCUUCAUGAUGACGAUAGUUUCAUUCUAAGGUCAGAGGAUAGGUAUCCUGCAUCAGCUGCAUAUCCAGAAGAUUGUACAAUGUCUGGAGCAGAAAAGAAUAUCCAGAGAGACAGACGGAAACCUUUCCCACAGUGUGCCGAAGAUAUUUUACUUCCUGGAGAGAAGCACGAACCCUCUGCCAGGCCAAAGUCAGCUCUGGAUCACAACAUGUCUUUCCAGAGCAACUUGGACACCUCGUUUUCAUCAGGAAAGAUUGAGAAUCCUUAUGUGAAUGAAGGUUUCCAGCAUAAUGCUCGCCCCAAUUUGAAUAAUCUUCAGGGUCCUGCAGUAGGCAGAGAGUAUUGUAAUAUACCUCCUAACUCAAAAGUUAGUCAGCUAGAAAGAGAAAGGUCAAACUCAACCGGUUCACGACCUAAGUCUCCUGACCCAUAUGCUGACAGAAAGGAGCUCUCCACUUACCAGAAUGUCCCUGCACCAAGGACAUCACUGCUGAAAAAGAACCCAAGUCAGCUUAUCUCAUCGAAUGCAGAACCAACGGGGUCUCCUAUGAUUGACGCCCUUCGUGGAGUUCAUAGUCCUGUUACCCAGCUGAGUGUCAGUCACCAACGUACAUCAUCAGAGGCUUCUUCUCGAGGAUUAGUGAGCCCUACAGCUAGUGUCCUUUCACUGGGUGGUGGCAACGUGGCUCCUAUACACUUAAGAGCUGCUUCCAAUGUGUCAGUAGGAAGUGAAUCAAGCCCUCGCUCUGCACCUUAUUAUUACUCUGAUGUGAUUCGUGAUGAGGGUGCAGCACUUGCUGAUGGGAUGGUAGGCACUCCAAGAUCAAGAUCCUACCAGCUCAAUAAUCAGCGUGAUCUUGAAGCUAAUAAAAGGCAGGACAUAGGUCGUAAAGUAAAUCAGAUCACCAGUGCUUCAGAUUUUGAACAGAGACGUGAGAGAUUGACUCAAAACCACAGUCUGGCUCAUGAAUUGAGAACUUCAGUUGAGUUUCUUGAAGGAAAAACUGUAACUUCUCCAGACGAACGUAAUGUCUAUGAUUCUGACACACUUCGUAAAAUGAAGCGUCGUGCUUAUACCCCAGACCCGGAACUUGAUGCCAAGAAUGUGUUUCCAUAUGGUCUCUCAGUGAAAAUGGACUCUCCUUCAGCAGGUCCUCAAAUGGGCCACCGUAGAACGAGGUCAUUAGAGGGACUUUUAGAUGAACCUGCUCGGCCUUUUGCAGGUGGAGCAAGUAAUACCUUGCCACCACCUCCAGAAAAUUCUCAGUCUUUCAAUGGUCCAACACAACACAACGCAGGUUGUGCCAAACCAGGUGUUCCACAGAUUGCCACAUCAGCACCCUUGAGAACGAGUCAAGGAAGUUCCAUGGGAUCAAGUGUAUCACCACCACCACAUCUUGUGACUGCACCUCAUAGAGGUGCCUUCUCCCAGCUCACAAGUCAACGUGCAUCUGUCAGUAGCUUACAUAGUAGUGGCAGUGUGCCACCAGGAGCAACCUCCCCGUACGCUACUUCUCCCUUGCCAAUAUCACCCUUGCCUCCGUACCAAAUUGGCAGUCGUGAUAGUCUGGUCAGUAGGGAGAGCACCGCGAGUCGGAUCAGCUUUCAUGAACCCCGUAGUCCCCAUCAACCACGCAGCCCUUUAAGCCAUGACCAGAUGACUUUUCAGGAGAGCCAGGAAUGGGAAGACGACAGUCAAUGGCGGGAACAGCUUCGCCGUGCAUCCUUGAGGCAUACCCGUUCCUUAGAGACUCUGGACGAAGGACGCCCCCGAAGACCCGGCGACGGAGGGAGCAAUGAAAACCGUCCUCCAGCCAGGCUGAGUGUGCCAAACCACCAGCCGAGCAUGGAGGACCACAGCAGCCAGCGACUGCAGCAGCACAAGCUGGAUGAAUACACUGUUGACUACCGCGAGGGCCGCGUGGGUCCGAAUCAUUACCGAGGGCAUGGUAGUCAACACUCGGAGACCCUCGAGAGAACUCGAAGGGGCCUCACAUGCCUCGAGGGCUACGAGUGGGACGAGGCUGAAGAACGGUUUAGGAAACCGAACCCGCCCAGCAGGAUCCAGUCCCCCACGCACCAGCAGAACCACAAUGUCCAGCAUCAGCCUUUUUUAGCCGACGGCCUCCCACCUUCACCCGAGACGGAGCGCGAGGAGCAGCGUCAGUGGCAGGAGAGCCCGGCGCCGCCCCCCGCCCCCGGUCUGGCCUCGCCCCGCCCGCAGGAGCACCCUUCUUCGGCGGGCGGCGAUGAGAGUCCGGCCGGUUCCUCGGGGGUAGGAGGGAGGCCCGCCGACGUGAGCGAGGCCCGGCCCGACAGCGCCGCCUCUACCGCGGUUUCGCCCACGCCACAAGAAGCCACACCCACACCCACACCGACAAGCAGCGCCUCUCUCACCGCUCCGGAUGUCAUCCCCACUCUUGACGUCAAGUUGGGUGAGAGUCUACCUCGCCGACCUGAUCCAAACGCACCCAACUCCGGUGUAUCACAGGGUUCCACCCACGCCCACGCUCACGCCCAUGCUCAGAAGUACCACCACCCGCACGCCCAUCACCAGAACUACCAGCACCACCCCCACCCCCAUUCGCAAAACCCCUACCACCACUACAAGAGCGACGAACUACACAAGUACUCCAACCACCCCGGCCAGAACUACCAAAGCAACGGUCCCUACGCCAACAGCUACCACAGUGGUCAUGGCUACCACUCGAACUACCCCGAGGAGCACGCUAACUACCCCAACAACUUCAAGGCUCCCCACAACCGGGCGCCGAACUACCAGGACAACCAGGGGACCAACCCCAACAACUACAACAACACCCUCAACAGCCAGCGGGGUGUCUUGAACGGCUCCUACAGACAGCCUAGUCACUACGACUUCCAGGACUACCACAACUUCAAGAACCACCAGCAGGACUACAAGAACCACCAACAGGACUACGGCACCUACGGGAAGCACCCGCGCCACCACGACCAGCGCAUCAACGGGCGUGUGGGCGGAGCCGACCCGCACCAGCAGUAUUCCGACUCCGAACUGACCGUGUCCAAGCAGCAGCAGACGGCGGCGGCGGCGGCGGCAGCGGCUGCGGCGGCGGCCCAGGAGGGCGUGGAGGUUCGGGGGCUGCAGGGCGUGAGCGCGGGGGAGCUGCUUGGUAAGACUCACGAGGAGCUGGUGCUGCUCCUGAUCCAGCUGCGGCGCCACCACUCGGCGCUCCAGGCGGCCCGCCACCACGCCCGCCUCGAGAGAGACUCGCAGGCCCGCCUUGCGCACCUGGACGGGGAACACCGGGAGGACCACCUGCGCCGCCUGGCUGCCCUUAACCACCACCUGCACGAUCUUGAUAAGCAGUAUGAGAUGGGCAAACCCCUCAUCAACCUUGUAGACAACAUGGUCAAGCUUGGGUCGCUGUAUCGAGGCGGCGACUCGAGGCUGUCUGCUCCUCGCGAUUCUCAGAGGCCGAGGUCGUACUAUCCAGCAGAUGGCUAUGACUCUCUUCAGUUCUCAAGAAGAAUUCAGGAAAGGAGAAUAGUAGCAGAAGACAUGCAAGAAUAUGAGUUGGCAGCGGCAGAUCAGGCUGACUUAGAGGGAAAAGUGAUGCAAUUGUAUAAGUUGGACAAGAACCUACAACAAGAGUCACUGACCAUUCAGAGCUUGCAGAGAGAGAAGGAGAUGCUGGAACGCACCCUAGUAAACCUGAAUUCCAAGUCUCACGGAGCAAAUGAGGGACCAGUAGAACUUGAACGGAGAAAGAAACAGAGACGGCACUUGGAACACGAGCUAUCCAAACUCCGUGCUCACCUUGCUGUGUCUGCAAGGAAAUUAGAAGAGACUGCCGCUGAGAACAGCCGGCUAGAGCAUGAGAUGAUGAUGCUUCGCCAAAAGAUUCAGGUAACCAUGGCACGCAACUGCCAGAGGGAGUCAAGCAGCAGUGCUGAAACACGCCACAUCGAAGCAGAAAUGGUUCGCGUGCAAACACUGUUAGAAGAUCUACAGAGACGGAGAAUUGAACUGAGUCAUCAGAUCCAAAGAUUAACAUCAAGUAACCCAGGCAUUGAGCUGAGACCCUCCCCCACUGGCGUAGUGGGUGCUGCCCCUGUGCCUGCAAGGAAGAGAAGAAGCACUUGGCUUGAGACUGACCUGGACGCCAUGAUAACGAGGGAUAGGGGCUUAGACCCACCUGAGGAUGAGAGGAUGCCCAGUCACCCUGUGUAUGUGAAUGCUUCAGGAUAUCCAGACAAGCCUCUGUUAAAUGGGGACCUUGGAGGAAGUGCCUUGCUGGGGCUUGACCGUGAUGCUGCAGAUAACCAACCAGAUGGUGAAGAGCAGCAGCAGUCUGGGAGCCAUCUGGAUAUCAAUGAUGCAGAUGACAGAAUGAAGAGAUAUUAUGGUAUCCUCCCUAAAGAGAAACCACUGGAAAUAAAGACUGUGCGCAUAGUGAAGAGAGAGUCAACAGAGCGAAAGAAGGACCGUAGUGUUGGUGGAAAGCGGGUGACGAUCGGAGAGAACAACCUGACUUACGUGACGGAAGAUGACAUUGAGAGCGACGGUCUGUCAGACGUUGAGAAUGAACCGCCCAUUCCUUCCUUUGCUUCAAGGUCAGCCUCACUGCCUCGGAACUAUGGACGAAAUGGGCCAGGAGAACGUGUUAGCAUGAUGGCAGCAAUGAUGAGGACGAGUGUUGGAAAUGCAGGCACCAUGACACGACCCAAUAAUUUAGCUCUGAAGAAAUCAGCCGAGUGGAAGGCUAAGGGUGCCAGAUCACGUGACGACUGUGAUAUGGUCAGAGCCUUGAGACCACGAAAUCAUCCUGAUGUUGUUAAGUCAACACUUAGCACAAGAGAUCUCCGAUUUAAUGAGACAACAAUUGAUUCUAUACUUGGUGCUCCAGAUAAGAUAUACAUUCCUGAGCGAUAUAUGCCGGAUGAGGAUGAUGAGAAAGAACCAACAGAAGAAGAGCGGGCACAAAGAGAGCAGAAAGCAGAAUCGAUCCGGAAGAUGCUCAGUGAAACGCAAACAACUGUCACCGCCACUGACAACCCAGAAGUCAAAAGUGAGACGAGUGAAACGGCGGCCAGUUCCUCCUCAGCUUUCAAAGCCAAGAUUGCAGCAGAGAAGAAGGAACGAGAACAUCUCCUUGCACUGAAUCAAAUCCUUGCUCGUCAGGUCAUGGAGAAAAGCCGUGUAGUUGCAG